AUGAAAGGAGCUGCAAAACUGUUUUUACUGGCAUGUCUUGUGGAGUUGACUUUGGGCUGGAGACAAAACCAAGACACAGAAUUCACAUUUCUGUUACCUGCUGGCAGCACAGAGUGUUUUUACCAAACCACAGUGAAAAACUGGAGCAUAGGAGUGGAGUACCAGGUGAUAGCAGGGGCAGGCCUGGAUGUCGGCUUCACCCUCAUCUCACCCAGUGGAUACCGGCUGGCCUCCGACUUCAGGAGAUCUGAUGGCACCCACACGGUGCAUCCCACGGAAGAUGGAGACUACCGCUUGUGUUUUGACAACAGCUUCAGUAAGCGGUCAGAGAAGAUGGUGUUCUUUGAGGUGAUCAUUGAUAGCGGGAACGACGGAGGACACGAGGAGUGGGCGGACGUGGCCACACCAGAGAGCAUGGUGGAUUACAAGCUGGAGGACAUCAGGGCAAGCAUGGACUCAGUUCACCGGCACCUGGAGAGGAGCCGUCAGGCCCUGGUGAUGCUGCGGGCGUUUGAGACUCGGGACCGCUACCUUCUGGAGGACAACCUGUGGCGGGUGUCCUUCUGGUCCUGCAUCAACCUGCUCGUCAUGCUAGCCGUAGCUGCCACUCAGAUCUACACUCUACGACGGCUCUUUGAUGACAAAAAGAGGGUCUGUACGUAGUAACUCAUGGCACAACUGCUUCCUUAGCUUUAAG